CUUCACAUCAUAUAUUAUGACUCAUUAUUACAGAGGAAGCUUGCUUUGAGACAACUUCUGAGUGGUAGUUUUGCUCAGACCAGACCUUGGUUCACAUUGAAGAUUGUUUCACUCAAGAAAGAAUAAUCAAAAUAGUCAGUUGCCAACUCUGAAACGACGCAGCAGCUCUGACUUUGGACUACCAUGACACCCGAUGACACUCCACAUCACUGUAAUUUGACAACUCAGACCUUGGUGGCAUCCGUCCUUCCUCCUAUACUCAUCAUUGAGCUGAUACUCGGCGUGCCUGGCAAUGUCAUAGCACUGUUAGUCUUCAGCAAAACCCUUAGGACUCGGAGGGCCAACGUCAUGUUCCUCUUUAACCUGGUUUUGUCUGACUUUCUGCUCCUUGUGAGCCUACCUUUCCGCAUCGACAACUUUGUGCGUGAGGAGAGUUGGAUAUUUGGAGACGCCUGGUGUCGGAUCAACCUAUUCAUGCUGUCAGUCAACCGUUCAGCUAGCAUUGCCUUCAUGACUGCCGUGGCUGUUGAUCGCUACUUUAAAGUGGUCCAUCCGCAUCACAAAAUUAAUCACAUAAGCAUAAAACAAGCAGGUGGGGUUGCCUGCUUCAUCUGGGCUGUUGUGAUAUCUCUGAGGAUCCCUUUGCUGAACGAAAAACUUCUGAAAACAGAAAAAAACAUCUCUCUUUGUAGGAGCUUCAGUAACUACGAGAAAACAUCGCUAGGUAUCAAACUGCAUAAUGCUGUGUUUGUGUUAGAGUUCUUUCUGCCUCUAUUACUCCUGAUCUUCUGCUCUGUGAGUAUUGCAUGUAUCCUACGUACACGCCAGAUGGACAAGAACAAGAAAGGAAAGAGGGCUAUUUGGACUGUCCUGGUGAUUGUUGUGAUUUUUGUCCUCUGCUUCUUUCCCGGCAUCGCCACAGGAUUGACAGCACUCUAUUUGAAAUCCCUUGGAAAUGAGUACUGUAAGGCUUACACGUUCACCAGUCAGUUGUUUGCUAUGUCCAUAGCCUUCACCUACCUAAACAGUGCUCUGGAUCCAGUCAUCUACUGCUUCUCCAGCUCUGUCUUCCGCAAUUAUCUGAAAAGCGCUGUAAACCGAACUGGAAUCAUGGAGCUACAGCUGAGCCGACGAGGCAGUAUGCGCAGCGGAACUGACUGAGGGUGGAUUGGGCAUUGGACUGUGUACAUACUGCUUAAUAUAUAUAUAUAUAUAUAUAUA